CAGAAGUGUCGAGCUGAAAUGCGUGACGUACUUCCUCUUUGAAAGAAGCAAUGGCGUCUAGCGCAGAGGUUGUUGCUGCCAGCAAUGCAGAGGAAACCACAGAGACUCCAGCAGCUGAGAAGAGAGAAGAGAGACUCAGAAAGUUCAGAGAGCUUCAUUUCAAGAGGAAUGAGGCCCGUAAGCUGAAUCAUCAGGAGGUGGUGGAAGAGGACAAGAGACUGAAGCUGCCGUCAAACUGGGAGGCCAAGAAAGCCCGUCUGGAGUAUGAACUCAUUGUAGACCAGAAGAAGAAGGAAUGUGCAGAGCGUGGCGAGGACUACAACCGCGUAAAGCUCCUGGAGAUCAGCGCUGAAGAUGCAGAGAGAUGGGAGAGAAAGAAAAAGAAGAAAAACCCAGAUCCAGGAUUCUCAGGAUACGCUGAGGCCCAGUUGAGACAGUACCAGAGACUGACGAAGCAGAUCAAGCCGGAUAUGGCGAACUAUGAGAGACAGAGAGAGGAAUGUGGAGAAGAUUUCCACCCCACCUCCAACAGUCUGAUUCACGGCACGCACGUCCCGUCUAAAGAGAGCGUCGACCGCAUGGUGGACGACGUGGAGAAACAGAUUGAAAAGCGCUCGAAAUACAGUCGCCGCAGGGCCUACAACGACGACGCUGACAUCGAUUAUAUCAAUGAGAGAAAUGCUAAAUUCAACAAGAAGGCUGAACGUUUCUACGGCAAAUACACCGCGGAGAUCAAACAGAACCUGGAGAGAGGAACAGCUGUGUAACUAUGGAGACUGUUACUAUGGUUUCCACCCCUCCAUCUGCCAAGCGACCAGAAAUCAUGUGCAGAUAUUUUUAAGAAACGCUCCUUUGAGGUUCUUCAAUAAAAAAAAUUACAAAAUUAUAUGAAACCGUUCAAGGUCCCUUAUGAUGUAUAAGCGAGUUUAUUCCUCAGCAUUGGUGAAUUGUUGAUUAUGGUUGAUUAACAGAUGUGACUGGAAAGUGUUUUGUUGUUGUUCAACACAAAAUUGAUUUGAAAAUGAAAAACUAUUUUAUUUCCAAGAUGGUAUCUGGACAGCACUCAUAUGUAAAGUGACUGUCAUGUGAAAACAAACUUUUGUUUGAAACGUGUGUGAUGGAAUAAUGGCUACAGUUUAACUUACUGUUUAAGUCACAGUACUAGCAGUAUACAGUUUAUAUACCGUACAGUAUUUAGUUAGUAGUUAGUAUUCUAUUUUAAAUUCACAAGCUAAUAUCAUCCUCUUGAGGACUACGGAAGCCCAUUUCUGCCAUGCAAUAACAAAAUAAUAA